AUGGUUCCUUCAGUCUCCGGCAUCGAUGCGUCCGCUUUGACCGUUAUUUAUGGGAAUGCAGAGAAGGCGGGAAUACGGAGCCUGGUGGCUGCCGGCGCGCUAUCCGGGAUUGCGGUGUUCGCACUGUGUGCGGUCAUCGCCUUUCGACCACCAUGCUACCGCAAUACGCACGUCAUCCCGAUCUUUGUCUCCCUGCUUUGUGCAAACUACCUCCAGGCGAUCGCGUCCAUGAUGGACCUUCAGUGGCUGAAGGACGGUGCCGUGGAGGGCGGGAGUUUCUGCAGCACCCAGGGCGUGUUGAAGAAUGCCGGCAACGUCGCGGCUGCAUUCUGGUCGGUCGCGCUGUCUGUGCACGUUUUCAUGCUUCUGUUUUUGAGGAAAAACAUGAGCAAUACCACCUGCACGGUUCUGGUGAUCGGUGGCUGGUCAUUCAUUAUUUUUGUACCUGUUAUCGGCGUGACUGCUGUCCAGACGGAGGCUAGAGGGCCGUACUUCGGUCCGUCAGGGUAUUGGUGUUGGAUCACGAAUAACUACUAUGCGGAACAGAUGUUCUUGGAGUAUUUCUUCGAAUUCGUCUCGGCGGUAUGCUCGGUCUUACUCUAUACGGUCAUCGUUCUUCGCGUGCGAGGAAACCUGACGAAGAUGGACGGCAAAUGGUGCCUUCGCUUUGUCCCGCGCGGUCAACGGUGGCUCUUGGCCAUUACGCGGGACUUUACCGACACAGCAAUGAUGAGCGUCGCCGCUCGGAUGGUCUGGCAUCCCAUUGCGUACACCGUAUGCCUUCUCCCGGUAACCAUCGCCCGCUUUGUGUCCUUCGGCGGGCACGACGUCCCUUUCUGGGCGACAGUCCUGGCAGACUUUAUCUUCAACCUUCAGGGUCUGGUGAACGUCAUCCUCGUGUUGAGCACGCGCCACCUCAUUCCGAACACGGCCUGCCUCCCGAUGUUCAUGCCCCGGAAAUGCAUCAACCAGGACUCGCCCGAGGCGUAUGGCAUCACGCCGUUCGUGAUGACACCUUCAAGUUCGGAGGCCAGGACAAAGGACUCGGAAGUCAACUUGAACGAGAAGGACCUGCCUCCGCUCCCCGGGGCCGAGUCGAUCCCUGGAACGAGGCUCCCGCAGAGGCCAGCCGUCGCGCAUUCAAGUUGGGCUGUCACGGACCCUGCUGCGGCUGUCAGGCGCUCGGAUUCCACAGCGAGCAACUCGACCGUGAGCUCCGCGGACUCGCAGACUCCGAUCCUGCGCAACUGGCACCACGGCGUAUUGAUUAUCGGCCAUUCGUAG